AUUUUUGGGUCACCCGUGUAAAAUUUAGCCUGUAACACGUGGACAUACCUGCAAAAAAUUUUAGAGAGAGAAGAUCCUCAACAAACCUGAUACUGCAGCAUUUGGUGACACUAUGUCUCGAAGGUACGAUACGAGAACGACCAUCUUCUCUCCAGAGGGGAGGUUGUACCAGGUCGAGUAUGCCAUGGAGGCAAUAGGGCAUGCUGGAACAUGCCUCGGUAUCCUGGCCUCGGAUGGUGUCCUCCUAGCAGCUGAGAGGAAGACGACUAACAAGUUGCUUGAUGACAUCAUGUACUCUGAGAAGAUUUACAGGCUGGACGACAAUACGGCGUGCAGUGUAGCCGGUAUCACCUCAGAUGCUAACGUCCUCACCAAUCAACUCAGACUCAUGGCACAGAGGUACAUGCUGCAGUACCAGGAGUGCAUUCCCUGUGAACAGCUGGUGAUGAAACUUUGCGACAUCAAACAAGCCUACACACAAUUUGGAGGAAAGCGUCCAUUCGGUGUGUCCAUCCUGUACAUGGGCUGGGACCCUCACUACGGAUUCCAGCUCUACCAGAGUGACCCCUCUGGUAACUAUGGAGGAUGGAGGGCCACUUGUAUCGGGAACAACCACCAGGCUGCCAUCUCCAUGUUGAAGCAGGAGUACAAGGAGCCGCCCACUCUCAAGGAGGCACUGCAGCUGGCUAUCAAGAUACUCAACAAGACUCUGGACUCCACAAAGCUCAAUGCCGAAAAAGUUGAGAUAGCUACGCUGACGCGGGUGGCUGUGGAGGAGGGUGGGGAUCGGACCCAGAUACGAGUGCUCCCCUCGUCUGAGACGGACACCAUCAUCAAGGAGUUCUACGUCACAGAGGAGGCAAAGAAGAAGCAAUUAGAGAAAGAAAAGCAGGAGCGAGCCAGGCAAGAAAAAGCAGCUGCUUCCUCCAAAGACACUUAAGCACUCUCUAGGGAUAGUGGCACUUGAUUAUCAUUAUUAAAGUGUGUUCCACAUGUAUAUAAUGUGUACCAAUUAACAUGCUUAAAAUAUUUUAAAGUCGUCAAAAUAA